AUGAAGAUAAGGAAAGAGUUGGAGGAACAGGUUCGUGCCCUCGCAAGGCCACUUUCUCCCCAAGUUGGCCUCCUGUCCUAUAACUUAGUCCGCUGGGUACUUGGACAAGGAGGAACAGGGACUUGUAUAACAUACGAUGCUGUCAACCAAGCCUACAUCGAAGCCAGAAAAAGAAUUCGUGAGUAUAGUUUAGUUAUAAAUAGCACCUAA